AGACCGGGGUCAUCACAUGCAGUAUAAAUGCAUUUGAAACAUUCCUAUCUUCCACACCCCGUGCUCUGAAUACGCCGCCAUGUUGCUGAUUGUCUCUCUGGCUCUCCUCUGUGUCGUCACCUUGGCACAACUGCCACAUCCUUGCCGAAGCCCCGAAGAGUUCGAAGGCCGGGUUGUUACAUUCGACCCAGACAGAAGAUUUUUCUCCUCCGCCCGUUUCGCCUAUGACGACAGACAGAGAAGGGUCCGCGAGAGUGAGGAGGUUGACGUGGGCCGUGACGUGGACUACUUCGACAGGCUCUUCCUUUUCAACGAGAACAAGGAGUACAGAGUUAAUGUACGUACCCGGCAAUGCAACGUGACUGGCGUGAGCCGCCCGUGGAUUCCAUUCGGCGUCCCCCCAGACGCUAUGUUCAAUGGGACUGGUGACAUUGGCGCUUCUGGGGUUCCCGAUGAACACGUCAUCGUCAACAUCUUUAACGGCGUCGAUGACAACAAUCCUUACUUCUUGACGGUAAGCGCGACUGACUGUAUCCCCAUCCAGGCCGGAUUUUACAGCAACCAGACUGGGGGCGUAAUCAGAAAUUUCUUUGAUAUCACCCUCGGUAUAUCGGAUCCGGAAGUUUUCAUACCCCCAAAGGAAUGCACCACCUAAACAUCUGGACUACAUAUUUGUAAUCAUUCAGUGUAUUUUGUACAAUAAAUCAUUAUUGUGAAUAA